UCUGUUGCUGGCGUUGCUAAGCCAACCAGGCCGGGCUUGCCACCUGAGCCAGGUCUGGAGCAGCUGUGCUUUCUGCCGGUCCCCCUGCAGCCAGCGCCACUGUUACUGCUCUGGGGUAGACAGGCCGGCCCAUUGCUGCAGCCAUGAACACCAUCCUUUCCAGAGAUAGCCAAGUGAGGAUCAUGGAGACCACGGUAGCCAAUGCUGAGAAAUAUUUCGGCCUGUUCUGCACGCUGAUGGCCGCCUACACCCGGAAGACGGCUAAGCUGCGGGACAAGUCGGAUCUCCUGGUGAAGCAGAUUCUCGACUAUGCGAACACUGAGAACCCUGAGCUGCGGAGCACCAUGAAGCGCUUUGCCGAGGAGCUGGCCAAAGUGCAGGACUACAGGCAGGCCGAGGUAGAGAGACUGGAAAUGAAGGUGGUGGAGCCACUGAAACGCUACGGAGUCCAACUCAAGCAGAUGCGGACAGAGAUCAAGAGGUUCAACAGUGUCCGAAACAAUGAGAUAAAGCAACUAGAGAAACUGGAGCGACUGCGGCAGAAGUCACCGUCAGACCGACACACCCUCUCCCAGGCUGAGUCAAACGUGCACAAAGCCUCAGUUGAUGCCAGCCGCACCACUCAGCAGCUGGAGGAAACCAUCGAUGAGUUCCAGAAACAGAAGCUGACAGACAUCCAGAAGAUUUUCUUGGACUUCGUCACCGUCGAGAUGGUUUUCCAUGCUAAGGCUCUCGAGGUCUAUUCCAGCGCCUUCCAGAUCCUGACCGAUUAUGACUUGGAAAGAGAUAUGGAGGAUUUCAGAGCAAAACUCCACAGUGCUUCUGGAAAUUAUGAUGCCAGGCCAGUGAGCUCCACAAACCCUUCCUCCAGCCUGCCUUGGUCCAGCAGCAGCCAGAGCAUUCACAGCACUCCGCAGAGGCAGGAAGAGAGUGAAUACGACGCCGAAGAGCACAGGCUGCAGGAUUUCAGUGAUCCCGAAGAGGCACCGACUCGACGGCCACGGCACAGCAGGACUAACCAACCACGUUCAUAAGAACUGGGCGUAUUUAUUCUUACCUCCACUCUGGCUUCCCUUACUGAACCUUAGAUUUCCCAGGAAGGCAAGGAGCUCGCAAGGAGGUUUUUAAGUAAUUUAGAGCCUACCUAAAUGCAUUGUCCCCAAGCCCAGAGGUGGCUCUAGCUCGGAGACUGAUUCUUAGUACUAGAGGGGAACCAAAAGGUUUAUUUGCAAGUUGAACACCCUCUGGGACAGCAAGAGGGGUGGGAUGUCAGAUCUCAUGACUCUGUUAUUUCUGACAAGUGACAGGCCCCACGUUACAUGUCACUGGGCAUCUACACCAUGCCCUGAGUAAGUGACCUGGUGGCUGAAGUCUGAGAAAGCAAACUAGAACCCAACUUCCAGUUUGGGAGGGUGCAUCUCCCCUGAUUGGGGGGGAAGGGAAUCUCCAAAGAAACAAAUCUCUCGUUUGUCUACUCAAACUAACCCCUGUAAGGCAGGGAUGGAUCUCUUCCCCAACGAGAUGCGUAAGGAUCAUAGCCUACUUCCAACGACGUAUUCUUUAGAGAGGCCUGUCUAUAGGUCUCUCCAGGAGCAUGCUGGACACCAACGUUACAUUGUAGGAGACUGACUAGGUCAGAAGUGUAAUUACAUUUCCCCACUUUUAAUUUUAUCUAGUGAUUGAUUAACAGUGUAAAUAUGUUUAGUUCAGUGGCUGUUACCCAGGGGUGAAAGGAAGCGGGGGUGCCGUGGUGCACAGCUUCGGCAAGAGCUGAGCUGCGGCAAAAGCCAGCAGGGAGCUAUUUAAAGAGCCGGCAGGGAUGCUGGUUGCAAUAGGACAGUACCUGUAAGGAAUUUGAAGUUAUUUUCACUAGGGAUGUUACCAUGCAGUUGUCAGUCCUGUGCUCUUUGCUGCAACUGGCUAUUUCCAUGUAACAUAAUAAA